AUUCCAGUUUAGCCGGGACGAGUGCGCGGUUAGGCGCUGCGGCGGCUGUACCGCUAUCUCCGCGAAUAAAUAAAAGAUGCAGCGGAGAACGGGUACAUAGCGGACUCAAACCGGGCGAGGCUCAGUGCGGCGUCGAUCAGCUCCCACGAUGGUCAACUACAAGAGAGUGGUGUGCGAGGUGGCGCUACUGGCGGCGCUGGUGGUGAUCGCCGCGGCCGCGCCCGCCGACUGCGAUCGCCACUACGACCAGCGGCAGAACGGCUCCGAGAACUACCGGCUCAAUAUCGACGGCGUGGUCAUCGCCGUCGCGCCCGCCGACUCGCUGCUCGCCGCCGCCUCCGACAUCGACAUCAGCGACCUGCUCGACCUCGACGACUUCAACGAGGUCAAGCCGAAGCCGCCCAGCACCACCUCCCCGCCGAAGCCCCACAUCGAGCCGAAACCCGAGGACUCGAAGCCCGAAGGGCCCGCGAAGCCCGACGCGCCCGCGACGCCUGCCGAGGCGCCGCUCAGUGACGUCAGCCUCACCCCCAAUCUCAAAAGCCAGAAAAAGGACGCAACGACCAGAAAACAAGAAAAAGCUCAAAGACUGAAAAACAAGAUCGCACAUCUUUUACUACCGCUGCUGCGAAGAAAUCGGCAUCACUAGACCAACGGCACUGCCAUGACUAUCUUAAGACAAACGAAUUGUUCUCAUCUUAUGUAGAAGUAGAAAGUUUUAUUGUGCUUAUAGGUACAUAAAAUAGUUCUUGAUAAGGCAGAUAAAUAUGUCAAUAUAAUUGAGCCCUUAUAGACUGUUUGUAUAACACAAGUUUAAUCCACAAAUACAAUUUAAUCUAAUCUGUACCUAUUGUAUAAGUAAGGAGAUGUAAGUAAAAAGUAAACACUUAAAGAAAGAUAAAUUUAUGUGACCAUGGGUGAUAAAAUCGCAUUUACGUAGAUGUAUUUAUUUAAUUUUAAGUUAUAGACGUAAGGUUGUAAAAUAAUGUAUUGUUUCGUUGAAAAUAAAAUAUAAGAAUUUUUAUUGAAAAAUCCCUACAA